UGAUAUGUAACCGAGUCUCGGACUCACUCAGGCUACCCAUCCGCGUUUAGCCAGGAACUUGAAGGAACACCAUAGCAAGUCCCAGAAGACGUUCGCGAUGCACUCGUGGAGUAAUGGAAGCUUUGCUGAACCAAUACAAGCCUGGACCUUACGGCACUUCUAAACUUGAUUGGCACCCAAAUUGUAUACCUUUGGUUGGCAGCUGUUGGUAGGGGUUCGGCCUCGCAAUUGGAAAGAGUUUAUCAAGACACUGCAUUUUGAAUCACGAAUAAAAAAUGGACCCUAAGACUGUGGUGGUGUAUGAAUCGUCGGACGACGGUGAGUACUCAAAUGGCUGGAACGAUUUCAAGAUGCAAGUAGAAGCUUUAGACAACUCGCCGUCUCCAACUCAACCAUUGGCAAAAGUCCUUGGAGAAAAACUUUCUAUUUCGCAGAAGAUAACACUUCAAGCGCCUAGGGCGGAUAUGCGUUUACGAAGACGUGCGUCGCGUGACGAGGAGAUGUGUGAGAUCGAUGAAGUAGCCCAAAGAUUGAUGGAGUCGGACAGUGAUUCCGGGUCGGCACCGUCGACCGAACAAUCUUCACUGUUCUCGAGUCGCACGACCUCAAUGUCAUCCGUUGGAUCCACGGGCCUGAAGCGUGCACCAGACUGCUUGCUGCCUCUUCCACCAGCGAUUAAACGCAAAGUCUCACCAUGCGCACCAGUUGUGAAUCUGCCACAAGGAAAAAAUCGAAAACGCAGGUCCCCCGAGUUCGGUGUCGAAUUAGAUGUCGCCCACAUUGCCCACUGCGAGGAGGCUCAGGUAGUCCUUGAUCGACAUGAACUCGCAUGGGGAACAAUUUUCGAACUAGCGCGAGGUGUCACUCGUGGCAUGUGGACAUUCCAAGACAUGACGGAGCAUCGUCUACGAAAACUCAAAGGUUCAAAUGCUCAAUCUGCCUGGAAAGUCACUACCGUCAUGGCAGACAAAGAACCACCUGCGAUGGGAACGCCUUCAGAACUUUGGCUCGAAUACGAUCGGGAGCAGCUCGCGAUUGUCGAAAACAAAGGUCGCGGUUUGGGAACUAUGGGACAGUGGGAGGGAAAAGACCAUUGGUACGGAGGGAAGAUACAGCAAGUUGCACGUGUCGUGAAAGCUGGAACGUCUUUCAAAUUCGAACUCGAGAAACCAGAGAUUCGGAGAUCGCAUCGCUUUGCUCGGUUCUUGGGGUCUCGGCGCAUCCUCCAAGUCCGCGUGCCAGAUAACCUUACGUAUGAUAAAGUCGGCUCGGCACUUCGGGAAUUCCUGAUAUCAUCCAAAUUUGUAUUGUGUGGCCGCGUCUUCGUACCCUUCCAUGCUAAGGAAGGGAGCAUGUACCUUAUGGAAACGAACCAGAACAUUGAUCGGCAAGCGAACCUCGGCGACGGCGACAGUCACAGAUUGACACUCUACCAGUUUGUGGAGUGGCACAAUCCUCUGGCGUUGAAUUCGAUGCAGCCCAUCAGCAAGUGGUCUACACGAUGGGCGCUUGGCCUGUCAACGUCGGUGCCAACAAUCGAAUUCUCUCCGGAAAACAUAAUCUUCAUUGCUGACCAACAUGCUGUGGACUGUGGCGAGGGAAAGCCCCCGGCUGAAAAAAUCAUGACCGAUGGGUGUGGUUAUAUCAGCGGUGCGGCCUUGACGGCCAUCAUGCGAGUAAUGAAGUAUUCGAGUAGACCGACCGCCGUGCAAGGACGUAUCGCUGGUGCCAAGGGAAUGUGGGUUCUGCACCCAGAUCCCGUGCAUCAGAUCGCCGAUGGACCACCGAAAAUUUGGAUACGUGACUCACAGAAUAAGAUCAAUCUUGGCUCGCUACACAACGUCGAUAGCGCACAUAGGAUUUUCGACCUCCUUGCGCCAUCUCGGGUAACCGGGCCAAGCCGUUUGUCGAGCCAGACGCUCGUCAACUUAGCACAUGGUCGUGUUUCCCUUUCUGUUUUGAAGGAGCUCAUGGCAGAUGGACUUCACGAGGAGGUCCGUCAGCUGACGGAAUGGAGUGGACCGGACAGCAUGCUUAUGGUCUGGCGAGCUGUGGAGCAAGCCGGCCGUGUUGUAACAUCGAGACUGCGGCGGCGCAUUGCUGGCCAGGCACGAGCACUUGGUCUUGGCCAACUCCGACCCAACGAGGAGCCUGCUGCCGGGACUAAUGAUUGUGACGAUGUUGCAGUGAACCCAUCGCUGCAUGACUCGGUUAAUCGGGGACGUAAUCCUUACAGCGGUGAACCGCUGACUCUACACGAGACGGUCCUUGAACUACUGCAGGCCGGUUUUCAUCCUCUUAAGCUUGACCAACUGUUUUCCAAACUUGAGUACGUGGUGACCCAAGUACUCGACGAGUACAUCGAGAAAUUCCACAUCCCGGUCAAGGAGUCUUUGGAAGCAUAUAUCAUACCGGAUCCAUAUGGGGUCCUUGAGGAGGGGCAGAUAUAUUUUCGCUCUUCAGAACUCAUCACCGAUCCCGAAAGCGGAACCCAGAUGGAUAUCGUGACCGGUUCUGUUCUGGUAUGGAGGAAUCCCACAAGACUGCCCUCUGAUGUCCAGAAGGUCACUGCCGUCAGCCACCCAAAAUUGGCUAAUUACUUCGAUGUCAUCGUGUUCCCUGUGAAGGGGGAGCGCUCAUUGGCAAGUUACUUGGGUGGAGGAGAUUAUGAUGGAGAUACGGUCACAUUGGUCUGGUCCAAACGUCUUGUUGAAAGUUUCAAUACCGCUCCGCUGUGUACGGCGCCCGCAAGUUUGAGUGACGACUUUGAGCGAGAAGUUGAACACGUUAAGGAUUUUGACCGACGAGUAUCCAAACUCACUGCAAAGGAGGCUCAAAUCGCGUUCCAGAAGGUCCUUCUUCUUGGACUCGCGGAAACAAAAAUCGGAUUAUAUUCGAAGUUCCAUGAUCUCGCUGUGUAUGAGCGCGGCUAUGCAAGUGCUGCCGCCAUUCGGUUGGCAUACAUGUUUACCACCUGCCUCGAUGCGAGCAAGACGGGGCUGCGGGUUAAACCCCACGUCUUCGAGGCAGAUCGCAAGUUUUGUGGUAAACGCAAGCCCUACUAUAUGGCCGCUCUUGAACAGAACAUCGAGGGUCAAGAGGUAUCGAAACGCAAGGGCUCGACUCCGUACAUCCUGGAUGCCCUUGUUGAUGAGGGCCGUCGCCUCCGUGACGACUUCCUCAAACAUUAUUCUGUCCUCCGGAGUUCUUCCACCAAUACGGCAGACCGCGACCUCGCUUCGCCUUACCUUUCUACGUCUCGUAGGGCAACACAAGCUUCGCACAACGGUUUUCAAAUUCUGCAAGACAACUUAAAUGCUGUCAAAGUUCAUGUCCAGAGAGUACAUGGAGAGUGGCAAGUCGCUGUUGCUCUCCAGAAGAAGGCUUCAGAAGGGAAGGGGUCUCCGGAUCCCAGGACACGAGCGAUCCAAAAGACAGCUCAACACUUUGCGCGGCGACCAGAGGUUUUAUCUUUUUCCGACGAGGAACUCAAAAUCAUCAUGGCAUCCUAUGCGUACAAUCUAAGUGGUGCAUUCGGCUUCUCCGUCGCCUUCGCAGAUCUCUGCGCCAUCAAGGCACGAGUUCAAAGUGGUGUGCUUUUUGCAGAUAGAUUUGCAGAGGUGAUGUGUAUACCUAACAAUGUCUUACGAGCCCUUUCACAAGCACAGGAUGACGCGGAUGAUUGAAAUUUUGCAUCUUUGUCCAUCAUACAUACUUCACAUCUUACACAUACUCCACCAUAUAGCACAUCCUUACAAAUCCU